GUCUUUCCAAAUCUUCCACUUACUGAGGUUUUGUUUCUGUCAAAAAUUAUCGAUCGGGUAAUAUUUCUUGCGAUGUAUGGUGACAAAUUUGGCUGGGAACGAGAGAGGAAGUUUUCAUCGUUAAUGGAUCAUAAGGAGGAAAUUAGGGCAGACAAAGCUAAAAUGGACCGUUUCGCAAAUGUACACAAGAAAAUGGAACUGUUUCGUAAAGAUGAAAUGAUUGAUAAGGAGGAAUUCUUUGAUAUUUUCUGCAAAGCGUCCAUAAAUUCACAUAGUAUCCACACAAAUGCGGGAACAGAAAUUGGCAUGGCACUUGAUUUAGGUGUAUCCAGAUAUAAUCAUUCUUGUCGACCGACAUGUUCUAUGGUGUUUGAUGGCUUUCGGGUAUGCCUUCGACCUCUACUCCCGGGUUUAGAUGCAAAGGAUAUAACAAAAGCUUUCAUCUCAUAUUGUGAUGUAGGUAGAAGCAAAUAUGUACGAAGGAAGGAUCUCAAGGCCCGAUGGUACUUCGACUGUGAGUGCUCCCGCUGUGUUGAUCCGGCCGAUGACAUGCUGACCGCCAUCAAAUGUUCCACACCAGGAUGUCCGGAACCAUUAAUAACUUCGGAGACUGCCGAACCCUGCUAUAUUGCUUGUCCGAAGUGUCGUGCAAUAACAGACGAUAGCACUGUGAAAGAGGCUCAAGAAUUGAUGAAGAGCCUCCCUGCCUCAUUCGAUCCCAAGUGUCCUCCAGAAAAGGUUCGUGAACUCCUGGACAAAGCUCAAAAAAUCCUACACCCAAGUAAUGUCUACGUAUGCCGGUUACAAACCGCUCUGUUCCAUUUGACCGGCAAACUCGACUCAAAUUUCGGCAUGCUACAUAAACAGAUUUACGAAAACUACAAA